AUGAAUAAUAACAAUAUAUUAACCAAUGAACAAUGGUCAGAAAUUUCGGAAGCGAUUGAUUUAGUUGACCAAACAGGUGACCGUACUGUACUCGAUCGAGUAUUAAUUUUGAUUAUGAAAAAUUUUAUUGAAUCUCUUGAUAGUGAUGAAGAGGAUGAUGUUCAAAAAAAUGAUGAUGAUAAUAUGGAAAAACAGUUUGUAAUUGCAUUAAUUGAAAGUGAACUUGCUGAAAUGCUAGCCUUUGAUGUUUGUCCAAGUUGGUGUUGUCGUCGUCGACGAAAAAUUCAACCUUUUAAUCAGAAUAGUCAUCGAUUUUCAGAUUAUUUAAUUAAUAUAGCACGAGCAAAAUCAUUUGAUAAAGAUAAUAAUGGAUUUAUUUCAAAAGAAAUCAUACAACGAAUCUUUGGAACACAAUUGAGUAAUGAGAAAAUGAGGGAAUUAUUGCGCUUUGUAGAAACAAAUACUGCUGGGAAUAUUAAUUAUAAAGAUUUCGCAACAUUGAUGUUAAUUAUUCAAUGA